AUGCGACCGAAUUCUCCCUCCAGCGGCCAAUGGUAUGCUCCAAUCUCACCUCCCAAUCCCGGACUAACGCAACAGUCCAUCACCGUACCAGGCUCGGCUUUGCCAGGUAGGACACCUAUCUACAAGAAUGCAAAGUUCCCAGAUGCAGUGCUCGGCACAGACGACUACAAAGUGACCACCGCCUAUGAAGCAUUCGCACGCGGCCUUGCAAAGUCAGCCAAGCUCAAGUGUCUCGGCCACCGUCCUUACGACCCAGCAACAAAGACAUGGGGCAAGUACGUCUGGCAGACCUACGAGGAAGUUGCAAAGCGCAGGGACGCCAUUGGCUCGGGUAUCGUCAAGCUCCACGAGAACUCCCUCUCAGGCAAAACCUCUCAGUACUGUGUUGGUAUCUUCGCCAAGAACCGACCUGAAUGGACCAUCACAGAUCUCGGCUGUGCUUCCCAAAACCUUAUUUCUGUUGCCCUCUAUGAUACCCUCGGCGGCGACUCGACCCAGUACAUCGUCAACCACUGUGAGAUGGAGAUGAUCAUUUGCUCUCUCGACCACGUUGCACAACUCUUGGCUAUCAAGCACCAGAUGCCCAAGGUCAGAGUCAUUGUUACCAUGGACGAGCUCGACAGCGGCGAGGUAGCAGGUCACACAAAGGCCUCGCUCCUCCAAUCCUGGGGCAAGGAAAAGGAUGUCCAGAUUAUGAGCUUCAAGCAGCUCGAACAACUCGGCAACCAGUUCCCGCGUGCUCACAACAUGCCCAAGAUGGACGACAUCUGGACCAUCAACUACACGUCCGGCACAACAGGCAACCCCAAGGGUGCUAUGUUGCCUCACCACACAGUGCCAGCUUCUUCGCUUGCCUCUGGUGCAGCCACAGGCGCUGGACCCAAUGACAUUGCCUUCUCUGUACUGCCCCUGGCGCAUUGCUACCAACGCUCCAUCGACAAUGGUAUGCUUUACGCUGGUGGUGCUAUUGGCUACUCUCACGGUGAUAUUCUUGCCAUCGUUGAAGACAUGCAGCUGCUCAAGCCAAGCAUCUUCCCAUCCGUGCCACGUAUCCUCUCGCGUUUCGCCGCUGCCAUCCGAGCACAAACCAUCUAUGCCCCUGGUGUUGCUGGCGCCAUCUCCAGGACAGCAUUCGCUGCCAAGAAUGCAAAGAUUGAGGCAGGUGGCGACAACACGCACAUUUUGUGGGACCGUGUUUGGUGUGCCAAGAUUAAGAAGAUCUUUGGUGGUAACCUCAAGGUCAUUUCUUCCGGCUCUGCGCCCAUCUCGCACGACGACUACCGCUUCCUGCAGUGUGCACUGGGCUGCAGUAUUGUGAACGGUUACGGACUCACUGAAACCAACGCCACUGCUUGUGUUGCUCUGCCAAAAGAUUGCUCUGUUGGACACUGUGGUCCUCCUAUGGUUCUCAACGAGUUUUGCUUGCGUUCGGUGCCCUCCAUGAAUUACACCAUCGAGGACAAGCCCAACCCACGAGGAGAGCUUUGGAUUCGUGGACCCAAUCGAUUCCGCGAGUACCUCAAGGAUCCUGUCAAGACUGCCGAGGCUAUCACCGAGGAUGGAUGGUUCAUGACGGGCGACGUCUUCCAAGUGGAUUCCAUGGGCAGAUUCGGCAUGAUUGAUCGUGUCAAAAACUUCUUCAAGCUCGCUCAAGGCGAAUACGUCGCACCAGAGAAGAUCGAAAACUACUUGUUGAGUUCCCCGAUUGCUGCACAAAUCAUGGUGCACGGCAAUUCUGAGGAGUCAUACUUGGUUGCUAUUGCAGGUGUCAACCCAGAUGAGUUUGCACCUUGGGCGAGCAAGAUCCUCAACAGGCAAAUCAACCCAACCGAUAUUGAGGCCGUCAAGCAGGCGUGCCAGGAAAAGAAGGUGAAGGAUGCCUACCUCAAGAUUUGCGAGGCCAACAGCACAAAAGGUAAGCUCGCAGGCUUUGAGAAGAUCAAGCGUGUCUUUAUGACUGUCGAACCCUUCACGUUCGAAAAUGACCUCGUUACACCGACCAUGAAGGUCAAGCGUUCACAGGCCGCCAAAUUCUACAAGAAGGAGAUUGACGAGAUGUACGCAGAGAAGAUGGUGGAGAAGAUUGCCAAGCUGUAA